ACUAAAAUUCACUGAAUUUAGAUUUUCUGGGCGUGUUAUAUUAAAAAACAUGUUUUCUCUUCUUUUUGCAUCCGUGUCAUUCAGAGAUGAAGUUCAUUUGUUUGGCUGUCCUGAUUAUUAGUGGAGCUACAGAUUCAAGAUCAGAGCAGUAUAAAGCAGUUGGUCCUGCAGAUCCUGUAUUUGUUGUAGCUGGUGAAGAUGUGAUUCUGCCCUGUUCAGUCAAACCCAACAUCAGUGUUGUGGACAUGAGAGUCGAGUGGAUUAGACCUGAUCUGAAAAACUCACUAGUGCAUCUCUAUGAGGAUCAUGAAGACAGAAACACAGAGCAGAUCGAGUCCUACAGAGGGAGAACAGAACUGAAUCAUCAAGAACUACAGACAGGAGAUGCAUCACUCAAACUGUCAUCAGUCCAAGUCUCUGAUGAAGGACGUUACAAGUGUUUUAUUCAGUCCAAAUCCUGGUCUGAUGACGCCACUGUAGAUUUUAUUGUUGAAGUUGUAGGACGUCCUCCAGUGAUCACUGUAGAUGGGUUUGAUGAUUCAGGAGGGCUUCAUCUACAGUGUGAAUCUGAAGGUUGGCACCCUGAACCUGUUCUUGAGUGGCUGGACAGUGAAGGAGUUAUUUUGAGUUCAGAAACUACAGACACACACAGAAACACAGAUGGAUUCAGUGUGAAACAAACCAUCACUGUAUAUCACAGCGACAAGAUUCACUGCAGAGUCAAACUGAGACAUCACACGCUGGAGGCAGUAAUUAUCAGCUCAAGUAAUAUGUUUCAUCUUUGGAGGGCAUCAGCCAUCCUGUUUUCAGUUAUAGUCGUGCUCAGUGGAUUUGCUGCAGUUCUGAUAGCGGUGUUCGUUCACGAAUACAGAGAACACAAUCAACUACAGAAUGAGAACAGGAGAAUAAAACAUGAACUUGAACUUUUGCAGAGUCAGAAGAUACCAAAAGAGUUUGGUAGAAUACAAACUGUCACUGGAUAAAUGCAGCCAAAUGGUUCAGAUCCCAAAUGAUCAAACAGUGAAUUCAAAAACUGUGGAUGGCGAUUCAGCUAAUGCAUGUCUCACUGAGUCUGAACAUGGGAAAGAAAUAAUAGAUGACGAAACAAAACCAUAAGAAGGUAACAAUUGAGGCAAAAUGACAAAUUUGAUCAAAAUUCUUUAUGAUGAUGAGACAGAUGGAUGGAGUGUAUUUUUAACUUUUACACUAUAACCAUACUGUAAUUGAUGAUGAUGCAAAACUAGGCUGCAAUACAACAAUGACACAACUUUUUACAAUCUUAUCACAGUUGACACAGUGUUAUUUAAACCCUAAACAAUAUUCAGUGUAGGUGAUUCAAUUAUAAACUAAAUUUGUGUAAUAAAAUUUACUUUGAGCAUGUAAAUGUUUUAUCAUGCAUGUAAUACCUACCCAUGAAUAAUACGUAAAUGUGAUGCUAAAAUACAAAAUGUUUCUAUAGUUCUAUUUUAUUCAACUCAAAUGAAGUUCUAUUUCUAUUCUCGCCAGACGGUGGCGCUAGGUACUUAUUAUUUAAUUGGUAAACUCUUGAUCCAGUGAAUUUGGGCUGGAGUCAUAGAAGACUCCUUGCUUGCUGUCUGUAUGUACAAUGAAGGUCUGAUAUUUCUGAACAUAAUGUAAAAAGAUUGAAAAAACUGAUUGUUAUGAAACUAAUAUCUUAUGUAGUCCAUUUCUUUUUAAAAUAAACCAUCAAAUGUAUGUCUUCCAAAUGUAUGUCUAAAAAUUCUUAAAAAUAUGGUGAAUAACAAAUUUAUUAAUAUAUUUUCAAGCCCCACCUGCAUAUGUGUCAGGUUUUUUUUAAUUUUAUUUUUGUAUAUUGUUGAUGUAUGGAACUGGUGAUAAAACAGAAGGUGUGUGUGAUACUUUUGGUCUCUAUAUGGCUCUGUCUCUGCUACAUUAUUUCUCUGUUUUUAAAAUUGUUUUUUUUUUAUCUCUCAAGUACAACCAAUAGUAUGAUGCCUGUAAUUGUAAUAUGUGAACCUGGACCACGAAACCAUUCAUAAGGGUCUUUUUUUUUUUUUUUAAUUGAGUAUU